AUGUUUGUACAGCUCUACUUUUUACUUUUAUUCCUUGUAAGAAUUGUGGAUGCAUCAUCAGAAUCAGUGAAAGCACCAUAUUUCGAUUAUGAAGAGUUCGUUCCUCGGGUUGUAAAUGGAUGGCCAGCUAAACUUGGAGAUGCUCCUUAUCAGGUCGCUUUCAAAACGAAAUUACCACGCGGCAAGAUAUACAUGACAUUUUGCGGAGGAGUCAUCAUCGCUCCAACUAAAUUACUGUCCGCUGCUCACUGUUUCGCAAAGGAUCAGAAUUUCUGUCAAAAGAUCUGCGGCUCUCAGGGGUCUAAAAGGGCGUUAUCUCACAUCUACGCUGUUGCUGGGAAUUUAAGAAAUUACGAUUUCUUCAGCAGUGACUCGCCAGAACAAGGGCAAUGGAGGACGAUCAAAUCAGUCAAAUACCCCAAAACUUACAAGUUUCCUAAAGAUGAUAUUGCGAUACUGUUUAUAGAAAAGCCCUUCAUAUACAACGACCACGUUAGUGACAUUCCGAUUGCAACUCGAUUUACCGACUACAAUGGCAAAUGUUUAGUAUCCGGAUAUGGGCGUAUAUCGAAAAAGGAGUCUUCAAGUAAACUCCUCUUGGCACAUUUAGACCUUAUGACCAUAUACCGAUGCAACAGAAGAUUCCGUAAAAAUAUGAGAAAAUUUGUGUGUUCGUCCUCUUUGCCCAGUGAUAUUGGCAAGGGUGAUUCUGGUGGGCCACUAGUAUGCUCAAAGACUGGGGAUCCAAAUGAAGGUAGUCGAGGAAUAUUGGUCGGAAUCGUCAGUGGUAAAAUACAAGGGAAGAAUCAUUCUUCAGCACUCAAAGACGAAUAA